AUGGAAUACUAGAGUAAUCUAUUUAUAUAAUAAUUUACAUAUAAACUGGUCUAUUAAAUAAUUGGCUAAAUAAAUUCAAAAAGAUAUAUAGCUGCUUUUCCUCUUAAAAUGUUGCUUAAAUUAUUAAUUAAGAAUCUUGUACAAAUUUAUAAAUAAAUUUUAGCUAUUUAUUUAAAGUUUUUAAGAAAAAAGUUAAAUGAAGAAUUUGAUAUUUUUCGAUCUCCUCUUAGAUUAGUUUUCAGAAAUAUAGCAUAUGCUAAAGAAUAAUAAAAUAAAAGCAACAAAUCUUUUAUUAAAAAGAAGAAGAAUUGCUAGAUUAUCAAAAUAGAAGCCAGAAAAGCUAAAAUAAAAAUCUCAAACAAAUAGUCAGCGAUUUAUAUUAUAUAUAUGAAAUACUUUUAAAAAGUUUUUUGCUGA